AUGGCUGUGAGUCUUAGCUGGGCCUUAACUUCUGCCCUGUUCCUAGCUGCUACUACUGCUGGAUUUAGUGAGAAAGGACUCAAGCAAAUGUUGCUGGAGAAACUGAAACUUCCUGAUGUCCCUGCUCUCCAGAAGACCGACCUGGAUAAUCUAGUGAUUCCAGAGAAUGUAAGGAAUAAAUACAUGUCCAUGCUGGAGCGGCACAGGGUGAAACGAAGAGCAUUGCCAAGUUUAGCUGGGAUCUUGAGAGGCAUUCCAGGCAAUGCAGAUAUCUCAGGAGACAUUCUCUAUUCAGAUACAACCCGCCAGAACCUGAUCUUCGACAUGGAGGGCAGGAUUCCAGAAAACAGUGAAGUCACCAUGGCUGAACUGAAGCUUUUCAAAAAGCCCCUGGAGAAAAAGCAUCUGCCCAGCAGGCAAUCACAAAGACCAGUCAUGAAUGCAAGGGUGACUGUGUACUGGGUGCAACUUCAAGAUAAUGGCACUAACCGGACCUCUUUAAUUGAUUCCAGAUUAGUUCCCAUUAUGGAGUCUGGCUGGAGGAAUUUUGAUGUUACACAGGCUGUACAUUUCUGGCUGAAAACAAAAACUUCUGGACCAAUGCUCCUGGAGAUUUGGAUUGAAGGAGAAAGAAUAGGCAGCUAUGCCUCUGAAAUGGCCAAAGUUGUAUGUUUUACAACACAAGACCCUUCAGAUAAGGCACUUGGGAAACCAGAGUUGGUCCUUUACACUCUUAACUUGGAAGAAUAUGGAGGACCUGGGGACUGUGGAGAAGGAAGAAUGAUGGAGAGGUCUACCUGCUGCCGGCAAGAGCAUUAUAUCAAUUUCCGUGAGUUGACCUGGACUCAGUACUGGAUUAUUGAGCCAGCUGGCUAUCAAGCUUACCAUUGUGUGGGCAGCUGCCGGCAGCCGAAGAAUUUGCUGCAUCAUUUUGGCUAUGGAGAGAGAUCCUGUGCUGUGGUGAAGAGUUCUCCUCUUCCCAUGAUGUAUCUUGUCAAAAAGGGAAAUUACACAGAAAUUGAAGUGGCAGAGUUUCCGAAUAUGAUUGUAGAAAAAUGUGGGUGUAUCAUGGACAAUAUAGCUGUGAUCUAAUAAACAUUCACAACUGAUCAGUUACAAGGAAAUCUUUUUCUGCUUCAGCACAGUAACUGCAAUCGCAAUACUUAUUGCUCAAAAUCUAAACCACAGGUGGCAUAUUGAAUCUAGCUGCUAAUCCUGUGGACAUAUUCAUUGCACAAUUCCAAAAUCUAUUUUGGGGCAAUGCUUGGCAACUUCAAACAUAUAAACCCUUCCAAGAUCUUCAAAUUUCUUCAUGAGGCAAGAUGCUAGAGAAAGUGAAUGGAACUGGGGAGAAGGAAAAUUAAAGACACUGCCUGAUCAGAGUUUAAUGGAAUGUAGAAGAUGGAAAUAUUCAAGCUGGGCUCUGCCUGGGUUAUUGAUCUUUAGGCUCCUUCAGAAUUGUUCCUUAGAUAGCUGGUACAAAAAAGUAAACAAGGGAUUAUUCCCAGAUGUGCAGUAACUACAGUUGCAGCUGUUAUCAGAAUUGGUUCAACUUCAAAUUGGUUUAAAUCCACCAAAUAACAGGAUUUAGAAGAAGAUACAUUUUAACUGAUUUUUU